GCUCCUGUGGCGGCCCCGGCCUCGCAGUUCACGCUGCUGGUGAUGCACCCCUGUGCGGGGCAGGACGACGCUGCGGCCGAGGGCGUCCUGAGGCAGGCCCCGGCCCUGGGGGGCAGCAUCGGGGCGGGCAAGCCCGUUGGGUACCUGUGCGAAGUGGCGGGGGAUGGCGAGGAGGAGGCGGGGGAGGACGAAGCGGACCUGUUGGACACUUCGGACCCCCCGGGGGGAGGCGAGAGCACGGCUAGUUUGGAGGAUCUGGAGGACGAGGAGACGCACUCGGGGGGCGAGGGCGGCGGCGGGGGAGCCCGCAGGCGGGGCGGCGGCGGGGGCAGCAUGAGCAAGACCUGCACCUACGAGGGCUGCAGCGAGACCACGAGCCAGGUGGCCAAGCAGCGCAAGCCGUGGAUGUGCAAGAAACACCGCAACAAGAUGUACAAGGACAAGUACAAAAAGAAGAAGAGCGACCAGGCCCUGAACUGUGCUGGGGCCGCCUCGGCCGGCAGCGCGGGAAAUGUCAAACUGGAGGAAAGUGCAGAUAACAUCCUCUCCAUCGUUAAACAAAGAACAACAGGAUCUUUUGGGGAUCGUCCUGCAAAACCUACUCUUUUAGAACAAGUGUUAAAUCAAAAAAGACUGUCAUUACUAAGAAGUCCAGAAGUAGUGCAGUUUUUGCAGAAACAGCAACAACUGUUAAAUCAGCAAGUUUUGGAGCAAAGACAGCAGCAGUUUCCAGGAGCAUCGAUGUGAGGGAACGUAUGAAGAACAUCUACAUGUUUUUUAUCUUAUUGUAAUAGAUGAACAUAUUUUUAUACUAAAGAAAGAUAAAGGGGGUAUGAUAUGCCAGUAGAAUAUAAACAUUUUCCUGUAAAUGUAUGUGUGCAUUUGGGGAUAAAUAAGUAUUGCACUUUGUGCAUCUAAUCCUUUCAGAUCACCAUGAGUUUGAAGAAAGCAGCUCAUCUUUCCAAAAUAACAUUUAAUUACAGUGUUUUCUUAAAAUAUUUUCCUCUUCAGUCAUUGUUACUGAAGGUAAUGAAGCAGUUACUUUCUAUGGAAGUCAUGAAGUUAAUAAAUAUGAAUCUUGAAUCAUUUUGCUCAGUGGUUCUCAUCAAAGAGCAGUUGAAAAUGUAUGGCUAUGUCGUUGGUAGUCAUAAUGACCUUGAAAACUGCUUGUUUUUAGUGAGUUGGCCAGGAAUGCUAAGUGUUCUGCAGUGUCUGGGAUAGUCCCACACAACUACGGAUUAUCUUAUCCACAAUGCCAAUAAUACUCCUCUUAAGAAACACUGAUAGCUACUUGUGGUGGUAUCACAUAGUCGGGGCACCUAGAAUUGGAUUCUCCUAAUAACCUUUCUUUGCAGUUAAGGUGGGAGCUGUCAAAGAGGUAAGCAUAUCUUAUGUCUGUAAGGAAAGUGGUCAUUGUUUAAUAUCUAUGAAAUUAGGAUGUGCAUCUCUUUUCACAGAUGUGCUGGUAAAACCCAAGAGAGGGAUUAGCUAAGUACACUAAAUGAAUGCAUCUCCUAAAGUUGGCUUCUGUAUUUCAUGUUGAGUAUUAGUGUUGAUUUUUUUUAAAGCAGAUACUUUCAUGUGUUGAAUUUGUGAGCAGUAUAGAUCUCAACCUACCAAUGCCAGGACAAAGUUAUUUUUCUUAUACUCAUUUUAAUUAAAGAAUAUGAAAAAGAGAUCCUUUUCAAAAAGGAGAUCCCCAAAAUAAGAGAAACACUCCAGCAUUUUGUCAUUGUUUUUCAAAAUUAAAUUAAGACUGUGUUAUUCCUAAAUAAUGUUCAAGAGUGAUGGGUAAUCUGGAUACUUUUUUCCUUGUGUUUUCUCCUAGGAAUACUUUAAAAAGGCAAACCUACCAAUAAGGGAAACAAAUCAAAUGUAAAGAGCAUUUAUCCAAUGUUAAGAUUAAUAAACGUAGGUGUCUCAAGUUUAACUCUGCAAAAAUUUGUUAGUUGUUUUGUUUUUAAGUUCUGAAGUAUUUGUGAGGUUAAACUUAGUCAUGGCUAUUCUGAGAAGUACUUAUGGAGAGAAAGAAUGUUUUUGUUAAUUUUUUGUGUGUAUUUUAUACCUACAUAUCUGUGCAAAAAUGCUUUUACCAAAAUUGUUCAUUAAAGUCCAGUUGUUGAUCUUUGA